AUGGUACCAACGCCCUCCCAAGAGGCGUACGCCCUCAGCGUGCGCAAAGGAUACGGCAAGCUCAAAGUGAACGAACUGUAUGCGGUGGUGCCGCUUCCUCCGGCAGAAUUUUCUGCUUUCGUUCGUUCGACCGAAAGUGUGUUGGCUGACACCCUGUCGGCCGCUGAUCCCUCCGGCAAGCAGACCAUUAAGUCGCCCACAUGGGUGGCUGGAUGGUAUGCUCCCUUCCACAAGCGUGUCCUCAUGGCCAUUUCGAACCCUCAACGCGCCAAUGCCGCAACCCGCGAAUUGGUGGAUUCUUCGUUUUCUCAGGUGAAGCGUUUCUCGGAGACGAAGGACAAGUCAGGGCCCUCGGCAUACCGUCGGCUGCUCAAGCUGCUCGCGGAUGAGUGGGAACCGAAAGGUUUCAACCGGAGCAUCGACAAGCUGCAUGAUUUUGGUGUGCCCAACGGCACGCCGUACAGCAAAUUCGUUACGAAGUUUAAGGCGUUGGCAACGUCGGAGUUGGCCUCGCACAGAGCUUUCGCGCCGGAUCUGCGCAUGGUACAGCGUGCGCUUCGGGACGCUUUGUUGGAGCAGUAUCCGAAUGUUCUCUCGUCUUUGCCGUUGAAGGAUAAGAUUCUCCACAACGUAGUGUUUAGUGAUAAGGAUGAGCUUUGGGAUGCUUUGUCUUCGGAGGAAGCACUAAAACAUUCGCCCGCCUGCAAUGGCGACCGCUAUUUUACCACUGUCACUUCUGGGUUUUCAUCGGCGCCUACACGAGCCAUGACAACGACCGUGGGGCAGCAGCGGCCGCCACCGCCGUCGCCGCUGCAGCCGUCCGCGUGGUCGCCGGGACCACAAUUUCCCGACGUGGUGAUGGCCAUCGAUCCUGUGCCGUCCGAUAACACAUGUCCCUUCGAACAGGACUAUGACUGCUGGCCAUUGCGUGGUCACUACGGCUUUGUGUACAGCGUCGUGGCGGUCGACAAGACUUCGGGUGUCUCGCGGACGCUCGCCCCGAUAUCUACGCCCCCCGGAGGCAUGGCUUCGCCUUCUGCCACCGUUUCGGCGGCUCCUGGUGGCCUCGUCGACCACGCGGAAGCACAGGGACCUUCGGGACAGCCCCAGGCCCGCCACGGUGGAUCGACUGGUUCACCGCUUUUUCCUGCCUCUCCUCGCAACUCACAAUCCGGCCCGCCUUCGGGUGGCACCCAGAUUGUCCAGCCGGUUGCCGUUGCCAUUUCCCUUGACGAUAUUUCCUCGGGGAAGGAAUAUUACAACGAUGAGGUUUUCCUCUUUUGGAAACCGCCGUCUUUUCUGUCUAUUUGGACGCCCUGUGAGUUCUCGGUCCAUGGCAUUCGCUACGUGUGCGGCGAACAGUUCAUGAUGGCGGAGAAAGCCCGCAUUUUCGGCGAUGAUGCCGCUUGCGCCAAAAUCAUGGCUACCUCCGACCCGAGGGAACACAAGUCCCUUGGUCGCAAGGUGCGCCGUUAUGACCAUGCCCUCUGGGAGCUCCGACGCGAGGAUAUUGUCUUUUCGCUUUUGUAUGCAAAAUUCGCCCAAAAUGCUGACGCGCGCGAACGGUUGUUGGCUAAGAGUGACAGACAGAUAGCGGAGGCUAGCCCUUAUGACGGGUUGUGGGGCAUUGGUGUUGAUGCCUUCGAUCCGCGUGCGGCGUCGCCCGCCAAGUGGACUGGUAAACACCUCUUGGGCAAAGCGCUUGUUGCGACGCGCACGCUUCUGCGUGUGCGACCGGUCGAACCCGAUAAGCCUUUCCCCCCUGAACACUCGGGGCAAUCUGCCCCCGUGUGUCCCACUAUACACGAAAUUGCACCCCCGGGGGAGGAUCCUUCAGCUGACGAUCCCCCUUCCGAGGACGCGCGUGGCCCCUUGGGCGUGCCAGCGAACACGCCCUCGGACCACUCGAAACAGGUGCUGCACAUUGCCUCUGCUGCUUUUCGCAAAGCCGCCGCCUCCCCACCGCCGCUGUUGGCGGAACACGGUCCAGAUUUGGCCGAUGGUUCCGUUCGCCCCAUUCUGUUCGUUAGCCGCGCUACGCUCGAAUCCGAGCGCAAUUGGACCGUGCUCGACUUGGAGGCUGGAAGUAUCGUGUGGGCAAUCAAACGCCUGCACGAUUACUUUUGGUCUACGCACUUUCUGAUUUAUUCGGACCACAAGAUUUUGGAAAGCAUCGUCAUGGUGGGUGAACACAACGCCCGCGUUCAACGUUGGCUCUAG